AUGUUACCAAGCACCGAAGCAUUGUAUGCUAAUAUGCAAGGAUAUGCUCAAUUCAUUCCAAAUAUAGUAAACAAUGCCAUGGCCUCUAACAAAAUACCAGGUAUUCCUAACAAUUCUACAUUACAACAACAUGGUAUGAUGACCUUGGAGGAAAUAGAAAGGAAGGGACUUGGUGGUCGUUAA